CUGGGGUAUGUGAGCGCGCUUUCGACCGGGUCUAACGUGGCCUAGUACGAGACUCGUCGUCGUCCGUCGGUCCCAGACGAAGAAGGCGCAAGUGCACUUUGCUGCAGUGAAAGUAUCCAGUUAGAGUGUAGUUACGAUCUAGCAUCUGUCAAUGCCCUCUUGCCAUAGUCAGUCGAUGUCUAGCGGUGCUGUUUAGCCCAGGAUUUCGAGCUCGCUUGUCGAAAGCGUCGGUGGUGCCCGCGAGUCCCAGCGCCUGGCGGAUUCGAUUGUCCGAGUCCACAGCAAACCGGAACAACGAUUUUCGUCUCUUGCAUCUUCGCAUCGGGACAAACACUGCUAUGUUCGGGAUUACGUUGUGCCUGUUGUUCGUGGCUGGGGUUGCAACUGGUGUCACCACCCUCUCCACCGAGGCGAUCCCUGAAUACGUGAAACAAUGUUCGAGGAGUGACCCGAAGCUGAAAACAUGCUUGAUCGAUGCCUUGCACCACCUGAGACCAUACUUAAGCGUAGGAAUACCGGAAAUCGAGCUGCCUUCCGUCGAGCCGUUCCGCAUGGACGAGCUGACUCUCUCCCUGACAGGUGGUAUAAACGGUUACAAGGUCCAACUGCGGGAGCUGUUCGUGAAGGGAGCGAGCAACUACACAGUGGAUGAUAUUAAACUCGGGUCACCCUUCGAAGCCGUUAUACGAAUGCCAGCCCUCAUCUUGGACGCGCAUUAUUCCAGUUCAGGGGUACUGAUCAUUCUACCAGCUAGUGGUAACGGAACGUUUCACGCGCGGUUCGACGAUCCCAAGGCUCUGGUCAAAGGCACCGUCUCGACGAAAGUGAAAGAUGGCAAGACGUAUCUUAACGUCGACAAACUCGACGUCGUGCUAGACGUGAAGAAAGUACAGAUGAGAGUCAGGAAAAUAUUUAACAACAACCGAAUCUUAACUGAGGCAACUAAUCUGUUCUUGCGGGAGAACGGUCAAGAAGUAUUGAAAGUGAUGGAACCUCAGCUGAAGAAGAAGCUGUCGACGCUGUUCGCCGGUAUCGUGAAUCAGUUGUUACGCCACGUACCAGUGGAAGUGUUCCUCGUGCCUUAAACGCGAACCGAAAGGAACACUGGAUUCAAAUUAGUACAUUCCCACGUUGUACAUACAGUGGCAGCACUAACAUAAACGAUUACAAUUUGGAUUAUAUCAGGAGGACGAAGGAGCGACCGGUACCGUAACGAGGUUUGGUUUCACAAUAAUUCCAAUGAUUAGAGUCAAUUGUAGAGAGAAAUAUACGUACAUAUAUCUAUAUAUUUAUAAAA